AUGGAGGGAUAUUUCAAGAAAAUGCAAGAGUAUUUGGAAGAAUUAAGUUCAGAUUUUGUUUUGGAUUUGAACGCUUGGAUUUAUCACAUUGCAUCGAAUGUUAUUUUUUCAUUCAUGGAUAAAUAUUUCAAUGCUCUUUCUACCGGAAAGAAAAUCAAUAUUGAAGAUUCGCAUAUUACUGAGAAAAUAUUCAAAGGAUUUGAGAAUGCAUUUAAAGCGAUAUUUUUCUUAAUUACGACACACGACGUUCAAUUUAUAGGAAGCAAAAUAAGGCGCAUCUUAAAACACAGGAUCAAUUAA